AUGAUUCGUGGCCAAACAGCCGCUUUGCGGUUGGCCACCAGAUACGCUCAACAAUCGAUAUGUAGAGACUGCAGGCGGCAACUGCAGCGGCAGGCUGUCGCUCUUUCUUCAGACGCUUUUUCCUCAAGAUCGGCCGCACCUGCCACUGCGCGAUCACAAAGCAGAUUGUUUUCUUCGCAACCAUCAAGGAGGAAAGAGAAGUCCAAAGACGAUAGUCCGUUAGCUCAGGAAAACGAAGAAAAAGCCGAGAAGCUAGAAAACGAACUCGACCAAGCGCCGAGGACAAUAGACAGCGCGGAGGCAAAAAAGGACUCUAUACCAGAGCCGAGUCCUCAACCAGAUGGCAAAGCUGCUGCUGGAGGCGAUGGCUCAGGUGAUGCUGGGCAGGGCGCAGGAGCAGGCUCAGGUAGCGAUGGAGGACGAGGUCGUGGCAAGAAAAGCACGAUAGAGAGGCAACUUUCCAAACCAACGGUACCGGAGAACUAUCCUCAGGUCAUGGCUAUUCCAAUAGCUAAGCGUCCACUCUUUCCCGGCUUUUACAAAGCUAUUACUAUCCGAGACCGCAACGUCGUUGAAGCAAUACAAGAGAUGAUAAAACGAGGCCAGCCGUACGUUGGUGCCUUUCUCUUCAAGGACGAAAGUGCAGACAAAGAUGUGAUUGAAAAACUCGACGAUGUUCACGAAGUCGGUGUCUUCGCUCAGAUCACUAGCGCAUUUCCUGUUCACGGCGACGAACACAGCUUGACUGCUGUUCUCUAUCCACAUCGAAGAAUCAAGAUGACUGCCCUUAUGCCCCCAAGAAAAGGUGACGAGAAAGAAGGAGCUCCUCCUAUUGUCGAGAUCCAACCAGUCAAAGAGCAAGACACCAAGAAGCCCGAAGGAGAUGCUUCACAAGGAGAUGUGGUGGCCAGUUUUGAAGAAGCCAAAGAAAGCAAGGAGAUUCAAAAGCAGCUCGCGAUCUACGAGCCAACCUCGUUUCUGCGCAAAUUCCCCGUCUCGUUAGUCAACGUCGAGAACUUGGCUGAGAUCCUCCCUGAAAAGUCCCCCACACCCACUAUGACCGCUCUUACCAAUGAGAUCGUGAAUGUCUUCAAGGAGGUCGCCAGUUUGAAUCCUCUCUUCCGUGAUCAGAUCUCAGACUUUUCCGUUUCUCAAUCCGCCGGCAACGUCAUACAAGAGCCCGCAAAACUAGCAGACUUCGCAGCUGCUGUCUCGGCCGGCGAAAUUGAAGAACUUCAAGAUGUCUUACAAACCAUGGACGUUGAAAAGCGUCUAUACAAGGCUCUCGAGGUCCUCAAGAAAGAGCUGAUGAAUGCCAAACUACAGUCAAAGAUCUCCAAAGAUGUUGAGAGCAAGAUACAGAAGAGACAGAGAGAAUACUGGCUGAUGGAGCAGAUGAAGGGUAUUCGACGAGAGCUCGGCAUUGAAUCAGAUGGCAAAGACAAGCUGGUUGAGAAGUUCCGAGAGAAGGCUCAGAAGCUUGCCAUGCCGGACGCUGUCAAGAAGGUCUUUGAUGAAGAGCUUAACAAGCUCGCUCACCUCGAACCUGCUGCCUCGGAGUUUAAUGUCACACGAAAUUAUCUUGACUGGAUUACUCAGAUACCAUGGGGCCAAAGGAGUGCUGAGAACUUCGGUAUCAAGAAUGCUAUGACUGUGCUCGAUGAGGAUCAUCAUGGUUUGAAAGACGUCAAGGACCGCAUACUGGAAUUCAUCGCUGUCGGCAAGCUGAGAGGGACUGUUGAAGGUAAAAUUCUGUGUUUCGUCGGUCCUCCUGGUGUCGGAAAAACCUCUAUUGGUAAGUCAAUUGCUCGAGCACUCAACCGUCAAUACUAUCGCUUCAGUGUCGGAGGUCUUACCGAUGUCGCUGAAAUUAAAGGCCACCGAAGGACAUAUGUCGGUGCUCUUCCAGGUCGAAUUAUUCAAGCUCUCAAGAAAUGCCAAACAGAAAAUCCUCUCAUCUUGAUCGAUGAAGUCGACAAGAUUGGUCGAGGCCAUCAAGGUGAUCCCUCUUCUGCUCUCCUCGAACUUCUCGACCCCGAGCAAAACUCCAGUUUCCUCGACCACUACAUGGAUGUACCUGUCGACCUUUCCAAAGUCCUCUUUGUCUGCACAGCUAACAUGACCGAUACCAUCCCUCGACCUCUUCUCGACCGUAUGGAGAUGAUCGAACUCUCUGGCUACGUCGCUGAUGAGAAGAAGGCGAUUGCCGAUCGCUAUCUUGCGCCACAAGCUAAGGAGCUCUCCGGCCUCAAGGAUGUCGACGUACAGCUUAAUGAUUCCGCCAUCGAAGAGCUGAUCAACAAAUACUGCCGUGAAUCUGGUGUUCGAAACCUCAAGAAACAGAUCGAGAAAGUCUUCCGCAAGUCUGCACUGAAGAUCAUCCAAGAUCUCGGCGAGGAAGCCUUGCCUGAAUCACAAGCUCUGACGGAGGAAGGUAAAGCCGCCCUCGAGGAGUCAAAGAAAGACAACACUGAUGUGAAAGACACACCCGAGACCAUUGAUAAGGAAACUACCGAGCAACCACGUAUCGCUCUCAAAGUCCCUGACAGCGUGCACGUGAACAUUACAAGAGAGAACCUGAAGGACUACGUUGGCCCGCCAGUCUUCACCUCUGAUCGUCUCUACGAAGCCACCCCACCUGGUGUUGCGAUGGGACUCGCCUGGACUAGCAUGGGAGGUGCAGCUCUCUACGUCGAAUCGAUCCUCGAGUCCGCACUAUCCGCAUCCUCCCGCGCCUCACUCAAUAUCACUGGAAAUCUUAAGCCAGUCAUGAAAGAAUCUACCACCAUCGCAUACUCCUUCGCCAAAUCCGUCAUCGCAUCGCGUUUCCCGGAAAACCGCUUCUUUGACCAUGCCAAGAUCCAUCUACACUGUCCUGAAGGUGCGGUACAGAAAGACGGUCCAUCGGCUGGUAUCACGAUGGCCACAUCGAUGCUCUCGCUUGCACUCAAUCAAAGAGUCGACCCGUUGCUCGCGAUGACGGGCGAGUUGACUGUCACUGGCAAAGUCCUGCGUAUUGGCGGGCUUCGUGAGAAGACUGUAGCCGCAAAACGUGCCGGUUGUACACGAAUUCUCUUCCCGAGGGACAAUCUUGGUGACUGGGAAGAACUUCCUGAGAACAUCAAAGCCAACAUCGAGGGCCAUGCCGUGGAUUGGUACAGCGACGUCUUUGACCUCGUCUUCCCGAACCUGAAUGCGAAGGAGAUCAGCACGAUGUGGAAGCAGCAGCUGAAAGAGGAGAAGAAGAGAAGAAGUAGUAAAGAUAGGAAGGAGAAGAAGAGUGAUCACGAAAAGGAGGAAGAUGAAGAUACUGAUGAUGACUGA